CGUCAACCUGCACGCCUUCCCUUCAAUCACACCUUCUAUCUUCAGCAUACGAUCACGAUGGUACUCGCUGUCUGGACCAAACUCCUGUCCGAUACCUCUCUCAAGAGGUCAUCGCAGACCCUGACCGUCCUGGGCAACAACGCCUACAUCUACGGCGGCGAGCUCCGGCCGCGCGAACCGGUCGACUCAACUGUCUACCAUCUCGCUCUCAACCCCACUACACCCGCAAACCCAACAAUCGCAGCCGCAACCGCGAUCGCAAGCCCCUCCACGACACCCCAACCCCGCGUCGGAUCCGCAUCCACAACCCUAGCCGGCAAGAUCUACAUCUUCUCCGGCCGCGGAGGCAUUGCCUUGGAGCCCAUCGAAGAGUCCGGAGCAUUCUGGGUCUUCGACCCAACCAACAACACCUGGACCCAACUCUGCCCGGCAAACCCUGAAUCACCCUUCCCGGCUGGCCGAAGCUACCACACUCUCACCAACAACGGCACGGACACGAUCUACCUGCACGCGGGGUGUCCGCCGACCGGCCGGCUGCGUGAUUUGUGGGCCUUCGACAUCGCCACCCGGCAAUGGCGCGAGUGCGCCCCCGCCCCGCCCCCGGAACGCGGCGGUGCGUCAAUCGCCUACGCAGAGGGGAAGGUGUACCGGAUGAACGGGUUCGAUGGCACGAGGGAGCAAGGCGGUGCGAUGGACGUGUAUGAUCCCGUCGCGGAUGCGUGGAGCACCGUUAGUUAUUCGGCGGAUGGAAUGUCCGGACCUACUCCCAGGAGUGUGGGGUGUCUUCUUGCGGUGAAAGUGGCGGGGAGACCGUGUUUGGUGACCGUGUUCGGAGAGCAUGAUCCGAGCAGUUUGGGCCACCAGGGGGCCGGGAAGAUGCUGGGCGAUAUGUGGGUUUUUGAUAUUGAGUUGCAGCGGUGGGCGCAGGUUGAGGUCGAAGGUGAGUCGCCUGCGCCACGGGGUUGGUUCGAUGCCGAUGUUGUUGUCUCGGGGGAGGGACGAUCGAGUAUCGUGGUUCAUGGAGGACUGUCGGAGUCGAACGAGCGGCUGGAUGAUGUCUGGCGCUUGGAGUUCUGA